UCCAACCCCAGUUCAGUCGCGCAUCAGCUCCGACACAGUGCAAAGGAUUUUUUUUAAACAAAACGUAUUUUUAAACCACACUUCACACCUAAGAGACAAUGCAUCUGUCUCAGAUCGUGCUGUAUCUGAGCUUGCUGACUGCGUUGGGUCCAGUAGUUCUGAGUGACCAAGAGGCGCACCAGCAGCCUUCCGUCAGCACCCCAGUAGACACGGAUCAAUGCGCUACCUGCGAGGUCCGGCAGCAGAUUAAAACCAUGCGAUUAAACGCGAUAAAGUCUCAGAUUCUGAGCAAGCUGCGAAUGAAGGAAGCCCCCAACAUUAGCAGAGAGAUCGUGAAGCAGCUCCUGCCCAAAGCGCCGCCGCUGCAGCAGCUUCUGGAUCAGUACGACGUGCUGGGAGAUGACAACAGGGAAGAAGUUCUGGAGGACGACGACGAGCACGCAACCACGGAGACAAUUGUAAUGAUGGCAACUGAACCUGAUUCCGCUGUCCAGGUGGACGGGCAACCAAAGUGCUGCUUUUUCUCAAUUACGCAGAAGUUUCAAGCCAGUCGCGUAGUUCGAGCGCAGCUUUGGGUGCAUCUGCGUCCAUCGGAAGAAGUGACCACCGUGUUCCUGCAAAUCUCCCGGCUUAUACCGGUCACAGACGGGAACAGACACAUACGAAUCCGCUCCUUGAAGAUCGACGUGAAUGCCGGGGCCAGCUCUUGGCAAAGUAUAGACGUCAAGCAAGUGUUGACUGUGUGGCUGCGGCAGCCGGAGACCAACUGGGGCAUCGAGAUCAACGCUUUCGAUUCGAGGGGAAAUGACUUAGCUGUGACCUUCGCAGAGCCGGGAGAGGAGGGUCUGCAACCGUUCAUGGAGGUGAAGAUUUCAGAGGGCCCCAGGCGUGCCCGGAGAGACUCGGGCCUGGACUGCGAUGAGAACUCUCCAGAGUCCCGGUGCUGUCGCUACCCACUCACUGUGGACUUCGAGGACUUUGGCUGGGACUGGAUUAUUGCACCAAAACGCUACAAGGCCAACUAUUGCUCUGGGGAGUGUGAGUACAUGCACUUACAGAAGUACCCACACACCCACCUGGUGAACAAAGCCAACCCCAGAGGGACUGCAGGUCCCUGCUGUACCCCAACAAAGAUGUCGCCAAUCAACAUGCUCUACUUUAACCGCAAAGAGCAAAUCAUCUAUGGCAAGAUCCCCUCCAUGGUGGUGGACCGUUGUGGAUGCUCCUGAGUUGGGAUGGAGAGAGAAAGGGGGUGGGGGCGAAGGGGCCGAGGCGCCAUCCAGCACCCUACUUUAAGACUGUUUCACACCACCAAUCCACCAGUUCCAGUGCUUUCCUGCAGAACACGGUGCAAUAGAAUCAGAGUAGAGGCCACAAACAGCCCGACCUUCCUGCAGGGCAAUGCUUUCAUAGUUCUCACUUUUCUUUCCUCCAGUGAAAUCUUAGCCAUAGAGGCUUGAAGCCAGGUGGAUGCAAGAAUUCAAACACACACACACACACACACCGACACAUAUAACACAUGCUGGACCUUGAAGUGAAUGUAGCCAGAAAUGAUCACAGUUUUCCAAAACAGUGUUAUUAUUCUUUGUUUUUUAAAUGAUCUGUGCUCUGUCCAUUUAUACCAACAUGCCGUCCGUUUAUACACCACUCCACUUGUAGCUGAUAUACAAGCUAUCACACUUGAUGCUCUGUGUUUGUGAUAAUCAUUUUUUUAGUUUUGUUUUCAGAGUGAAACCAGGAAUCCUCAAGGACUUUUUGAAAGGGCUCGGAAAAACACAGCUGGAGACUCUUUAGGGUGAUAUUUCACACUGGUAGAACAUGUUUUAGUACCCCUAAGUGUCCCCAAGAGUCAAUGAAAAGUUAAACUGCACAAAAGACUAACUAAUCUGGAGAUUAAUCUCUCUUGUAUUGCUCAAAGUUUCAGUUUCAAUGUUUUCUCCCCCCAAAAUGAUGUGGUGGUUAAUCUCUCUUCAGAGCCUAUGGAUACAAACAUGUUCCACCAGUCUGAAGUACCACUUUAGGUCUUGUCAGGUCCUCAUUUAUUCUGUCAUACAUACAUGCAACAAUAUAUCCAACCGAGAGAUCGUUCUCCCUCAGUCGCAAUUGUCAGUAUCCAACCAAACAGCCCGACCUGCCCGAUACACUUGAAUUAUUCUGAUUGUAAAUUCACAUGACUGGACAGAAGGACUUGAACUGAAGGCACGAUGAAUGCAGCCUCCAAAUGAAAGUGUGUUUAAGACAGAAAACGAUGUGAAUGUCGAAAUCAUGCCUAGACUCUGUCUUACAAACACAGUUUGCACUAUGGCACACCAAUAGAAAGAAUUGGUUGCUACAAAAAAAAAGUUGUAAAAACUGAUUUUGAUAUGUUUGCUAAUUUGUAUUGUAUUCAUAUGCCAUUUGUUUCCAGUAGGAGUUGCCUUUCUGAACCAUUGUUGGUAAAUAUAUAAAACUGCAACCUAGCAAGAUAAAUGUUGUAAUGCAGCAACUCUAUAUACUUGUUUUAACAAAUAAAGUUUCUAGCUUGUUUGAA